AAUUUUCUAAGAACUGUGUAUUAUUAUAUUCACAUUACACCAUAUAGUAAAACAAAUAAUAUAAUAAAUAAAUCCCCAAAAUGCCGUCUUAUAAUAGUAGAAUAAAACUAAUCAUUCAAUACUAACAGUCCCUUCUGAAAAUCGUCUUCUUCACACCAAACCCAAAAACGAAUUCUCUCCCACACUCGCACACACCAACGAUGACCACGUACGGCACAAUCCCAACCUCAUCAUCACCACCAACGAAUCUCGAAUUCAUCACACGCGCCAAAGAAAGAAUCAAAGUCGGUCUCGGAACUCGCCGUCCAUGGAAACUCAUGUUCAAUCUCCGAUCAUUCAACCUCCCUUCCGGUUUCCCAGACGCAGUCUCGCGCGUGAAGACAAACAUCGGUUACUUCCAGAUGAACUACGCUAUCGUGAUUCUUAUCGUUCUCUUCUUCAGUCUUAUAUGGCAUCCAAUCUCGCUCAUCGUCUUCGUUGCUCUCAUGGCGGCGUGGCUCUUCCUCUACUUCCUCCGCGAUGAACCGAUUGUUAUCUUCGGAAGACUCGUCAGUGAUCGUGUUAUUCUUGUUCUGAUGUUGAUUCUCACCGUCGUGCUGCUUCUCUUCACCGGUGCGGUCCUUAACAUCCUCAUCGCGGUUUUGGUCGGCGUUGUGCUGGUUUUGCUUCAUGCUGCUUUCAGAAACACUCAUGAUCUGUUCCUUGAUCAAGAAGAAGGACUUUUGUUUUCUCCUCCUGGUGCUCCUGCUUCUUGAUUCGAUUCAUUUUCUCUGUGCUUUGCUUUGAUUUUGUUGUUUUUGUGAAAUUUGUUGAUCAUUCUAGGUUUUACGAUUUUCUUUCUUUUUUUGGGGUUUGGGGUUUGUGAAAUUGUGAAGAAGAAUAAUUGCUAGAUCCGUUGAAUUGUGUAUUGCUGAAUUUUUUGUUGUUUGUUAACCACAUAAAAAAAAUCAGAAAUAUCUUUUUUCAUUUA